AUGUCUGAAGAAGUUGAUAUGAAUGAACAAAAUGAAGACGAAGCUGAUGUGAAUGAAGAACAUGUUCAUUGUUCUGAUGUGUUCAAUACUUCUCAGGUGUUUGCUACCCGAGAUGAUAUUUUGUUGUGGGCUCGAUCUGUUGCUGAUAAAAUUGGAUUUGUAGAGGUGAUUAUGAGGUCAUACACAAACAUUGGUAUUAGAGGAAUGACUUCAUUUUUCUUAAUUGGUUGUGAAAGGAGUGCUCAGUAUUGGUCUAGGAAGAAAGAUUUUGUAAGAAGAGAUACUGGCAAUAGGAAAUGUGGGUGUCCCUUUAAGCUUCAAUGGAAACUAGUGGUUGGGGGUCAAGGAUGGAUGGUGAAGUUAAUGUUUCAUAUCGACAAGAAUGUCAAGGCAAAAUGUAAAUCCCUAAUUGGUAAAACAAAUGCAUGGGAUUAUGUCAUGGAUGCCUGGGGGAGUUUGGUUGAUUGUUAUUCCGAGCGUCAGUUCUAUGAUUGCCUUAAGAAGUUUGAAAUUGCUUAUUCACCAUGGCCAAUGUAUGCUUUAAAUCAUAUUGUUACUGAGUUUGAGCGUGUACAUCAUGCUGGCAAAAACCCUUCUCGUUGUGGAUGUGUCAUGAGAACUACCCACAGUCUUCCAUUUGCAUGUAUGGAUGAAGAUUCAUGGUUGUUGGUGCGCAACCAUUUGCUUAAUGAACUUGGCAAAUGGUCUAAUGAGUAUAUUAACCUCCUUGGUGGCAUAGAUAGAUUUGAGGAAUUAAAGAGGCCCCUACAUGUUGAUGGAUUAUCCAUGGUUACUAUGGAUAAGUGGAUGGAUAUAACCGACAUGGGAUAUUUCAUUGCAUCAAGGUUGAGCAACCGCUCCAACCUUUCAACUAUUGAUUGGCAAGCCUCUUAUGACAUUCACAACAACGGAUUAGGUAUAACCAUAUUGCAUGUUUAA